AUGAUGAUGGGGAACAGACCCCUUACUGGAGACAGUAAAGCAGCUUCAUCUUCAUCAGAUGCCAGAUACACUUCGAUGGGUGUAAAAACAACUAGAGUAAGCCAAGGACCUAGGCCAUCGGCGGCGCUGAUGCACCGUUACUUGAAGGAUCAAUUAAGGCUACCGCGCGCUUAAAUAGGGUUUAGGGUCAUCCUUGGCCCUUUUUGUUUCCCAGUUCGUUGAAAAAGGGGCCAAGGGUGUACUCAGGGACCACGCGGCUAUUUGGGAGCUCUUUGGAGUCAUCUAAACCUAGCCGUUCACUCGAAGAAGUAUAGGUCAGAUCAGAGGUUGACUUUUGAAGGGGAGGAAGAUAUCUUUGGGAUGCAAGGUCACGGUGGAGCGGCAGGACUGAGCACCGACGACGCGGUAGUUCAGGGCUUAGCAUUAAAGGAGACGCUGUUGGCUUCUGAUUAUGGCUACCAUACUCAAACUCAUAUUCAAGGCGAACCUAAGUAAUAGUUCAAACUCAAAGAAACAAAUAAACAAUCCAUUCAUCUUCCUCGUGUGCUCUACUACUCUUUUCGAUACGUCCUUCUCUAAUCCCAAGCACAACGAAAACAGUAUUUUUGUCACGAAUGCAGUAUGCGUGAGGACGAUCAGGGCCUAGCGAUGCAACUAGCGCGUGCUUUCAGACGCGGCAAGAUUGAUCUGAAUUUGCGCCACGACGCGGAACUAGUACGCGAAUGUGUGAAUCCAGUUUGUCGCAAACCGCUGAAUUCGCGUGCCGCGAUCGCUGAGCGGUUUCCAUCGGAACUGAACAACUGCCUCUUCAGUGCAGACGCCUUUAACGAGUGGCUGCGGGUCAAUAAAGGCAAGCUGUUCAGUGAGAAGUAUGGAGCACUAAUACCUCCGGAUUUGUACUCGGCGAGCGCAUUCUUGCAGCAUCAUAGGCGGCAAACGAUGAGAGUAGGCCCACCUGCAGCUCAUAUUCCAGAGUUAGGCAGGAAAAAGGGGUUGCACACGAAGACGCACAAAUUCAUGAUACUUCUGUAGCAUGUUCUGAAGAUAUUCGGAAAAUAGAGAUGAUGAUUGAUUCAUGUCAACAUAAAGAACAAGGAAGUGGUACCAGUCGUGGCAUAAUUGAUGCAUCACUCACUCAUCUUCAUCUAAGGAAAGCAUCAGGUGGGUGGCGUAGCUUCGAGAGUACUGGAGUCCAGAUUGCGCAUCCUGGACAAGCGAGACACGUGCCAGGUGGUAGCGACUUCAACCUCGCUCUAGCUCGGUCGAUCAUGGCUAGAGAUUGCGAGUACUUUCGGGAGAGUGGAGAAAUAUUUAGCACUAGUGUAGGCUCGACUGGAGUGCAUACGGGUGCUGGUGGUUAUUUCGGGAGUGGUGCUUCGGGUUCAGUUGGAGCGUCAGGAAGUGGUAUUGGGAUGACCCGGGAUGCUGGCGGACAUCACUCGUUGAAGCCUGAGCGCGUUGUUUUGAUAGAACGAGGAGAGGGAAAAGCGGAGGAGUUGGGGCAACGGCCGCCGAAUUUCUUGGUGGAGCUUUUUGCUGGCGCAACUGCUGGCACCGAAAGGCGUUUGGGUGGAAAGUAUCUUCCGAAUGUCAUGCAUCUGCGGCUCGCGCAAGCCAGUGACAGCGCUACUGGCGGUGGUGCGACUGCUUCGUUGAUGGCGCAUGACCAGGUGGGGUCAUCGAAACUGAACAACUUGGAUGGCUGGGUAAACGUACACGGCAAUAGCAAGAGCAAACCAUCACAAGGAGGUGGAAAGAGGAACACACCAAAGUUCUCUUCGGCGUUCAACAAAUUGAGGGGAGUUAUGAACAAACGGACACGCUUGUGGAGGAGGUCAAAAUUUAGGGAAAGUUAGGGGAUAUUAUGGUUCCCUAAUUUUCCCUAAAAUUCGUAUGUGGGUUUAAGCGUGUCCGUUUGUUUCUAAGGGAGGCAAAAUAGUAAAUACGCGAGACAUAAAUCUGCACAGACCAGGCGAUCCCAUAAUUCAUAACGACGAGGAAGAAAAAAUACCACCCGGUAUCGACGAGUACGAUUCAAGCAGCAUCGCGGAUCACAGUUUGUGCCUCCUACGAUUCGCUGAGGGUACGCGAGACGAAGCCGAGCUCCUCUGCAGCGCACAGUUGCUGGACGAUGUCGAGGACCUGCAUCUAGUUGUGGAUGAGUGUGCCAUCAAGAGAAGCGCAGCCACUUCAGGAGCUCCGGGUGCGUCGCUUACUGAAUUGCAGAAGAAGGAAACUAGGGGCACCACGAGAGCCACGGUGGUGAGGCUGUUCUUUCUUCACGUGUGCAUGUUAGAACCGCAGAACACACCUUUGAAGGGUCCUUUCACGGUGCAGAUUAGUAUGCGGAGUUUUUUGGGAGGCGACGUGGUUCCGAUUUAUCGGUCAGGAGCUGUUCCGGUACAAGAGAGCCAUUCGGGUGGAGCACAGGGGAACAAUAAUUAUGAUCAAUCAUGAGCAGACUUUCGUCUUUCGCUCUCCGUAGCCGUGGUGGCUGUGGUUGUCUUGUUUAGGUAAGCUGAGCUGUACUUGUACGCGUGGAGUUUGUCUACUUGUUUAGGUACAUCUACUUGUUUAGGUGUCUAUCCCUUUGCUGCUGACCGUAUCUUCUGAACACUCAUCUUCUAAGUACUUUGGUUAACCCGCGCCCGCCUUUUCGGACACAGUGGUCAUGUCGUAGCCGUUGACCUGGUUCUUCCGCGCUUGAGCGAGGAUCCUAUUUUGUCGCAAGAGAACGAUGCUGCGUCGAAGCGGGCGGCGACUCUCAGAGAUCGGAUGCUUUUGGACAGCGGUCGUUUCCUCAACCUCGACAAUGUCGAUCCGGGUGCAGGAGACUUGAGAACCUUAAAUCGCAACCUCCUUGGUCCGCAGAAGACCGCACCAUCCAAUCGCCUGUACCACUACGGAGAUCAAACAGAGAAUCAGGAUGCAAUCGAUGAAGAAGAACGACUGUAUAAGGACUCACAACUCUUAUGGUCGACUCUUAGGUCGAUGUCACUCAGCAUCUUCACGGCUUUUUCCCCUGUAGUAGUGUCAUCAAAUACAAGGGUUGUUUCUUUAUUUCCCCUGUAUCUGUUCUUGCCAUGAUCAAAUUAGUGUGGCACUGCUGUCGCGACUGUCAUCUUCUUUAUGUCUUUGCGUGUUCUUGAAUGCAAGGGUUAAUCUUGUAAAGGCACCUACUAUAAUCAAGAUGGGAGAUAUGAAGCUCUAAAUCAUCUAGCGCACUCUAAAACUAGCUUCGGGAGGUGGAUCUUCUUCAGACCGUGCUCCCGGAGUCUUUGGGACUCGUGGCGGCUUAUCGUCUAUGAACAAGCGGGGUCAACAAGAAGGGUUGUUACAAGUAUUGCCGGUGACGCCAUGCUACCGCGACUUAGAGAUGUGGUUUGAUGAAGCAAAAUGGCACAGGAUACGGCAAGCGGGGACGCAGACGUUGAUGUUCACCUACAUCUUUCCUAUCCAUCUACCGACAUAUCGGAGUGGAGAAGACUUCUUAGUCUCGCCAGAAGUCGUGAAAACGCUGAAAUCCGAUGCUUCCUGGCUCGAGGCCUAUCGGCGUAGUGUGCAUAUAGUCUUGCAUGCGUGGGGGUAUGAUGUUUACGGGGAUCAUUUGGUUCCAAUUCCAAUUUAUUCCAGCAAUUUCCAUUCUACUUUGUCUACGAAAGAUUAGUUUGAGUGCAUGUACAUUGCCCUUGGAGUUAGUUUUGUCCAAAGUAGAACAUGAACUACGACAAGUAAGUAGAUGAAGAAUCACUGGUGAAUACUAGCCUAGUCCUCUGUUCUAAUUCCCGUUUACUACUUCACCAUCCAUCCUCUAACUUUCCGAUUCUCAAGCUCUACGCACAACUGGUGAAGACUCCUCCUCCAGAAACUACCAACAAGACUGGUGGCGACGACAUCCGAAUACCCUGUUUUUGGAUAUACCAGUGCUUGACCGCAGGAAAAUACGCGGGUUUCCACCGGGAGGAACGGGCCUGCACCAAUACUCCCCAGAUAGCUGGAAAUUGCGUCACCUGUUGCUCAGUCUGCGGAUCUUUCAAGUUGGGGUACUAUUCAUCUCAUUUGUGAUCCUGAAUGAAGUAUUUUGGUUUUCGAUCCAAUAAUCUGUCGUGCUAUUUCUUUUCGAAUGCCGAUGUCGAUGAACACUCAACAAGUUGUUUGUUAUUCUUAGUCCUUGUCUCUACUCUGUGCUUUUACUCUGCCUUUUUCAAACUCCUUUUUCACGACAGAGUUUAUCCCCACUUCCCUACAGAGUUUAUUCCCCGUGGUGCAGCAGAUUGGCAGGGAUAUGCUGGAGAAUGGCGUUUUGCUGAACGUAAAAGACCAGGGUGUCGAGGAAGCUCUGCAGGCUGCUGAUGUUACGUCGGCUUGUUGAUACGAUACUGAGUAGGUUAUAAUCAUACUAUCUGUCUUUCACAGGCGCGGCGUUCUGACAUUACAUUGAGUACCUAGGUACUUGAAUGUUGAUGUAGAUGCACCUGCACGACGUGCACCUCGUCGUCCAUCGUCUUUCACAGGCAGGAGCAUGUUGAUGAUAAAUACACAAGUUUCACUUUUCCUCUGGUGCAAGUCCAAGUGUAUUAACAUUAACAAGGGCAGCUGUCCACCACCUGUCACCUUGAUAUUCAUGAACUUAAGAACUGAUAGACUUCGGGGGUCUUCUGAUCAUAUCCCUUCUAAUCCCCAUCAAUUAACAUCAGCAAAAUACUGGCUGGAACAUACGCUUUGGCGGAGCUACCGAAAAAAGUGGAUUCCGAGUCUAGAAGAGUUGCUCUGCGUGAAAUCACAGGCUGGUGGACGGUCGUGAGGAUUUUUUUGGUGAAAAAUGGAUAACGAUAAAAUGAAAUUAUCUUGACCGAGGUACGCUGUUGUAUAGAUUGUAGACGUAUUUGAAUAGUUGCAGACGAUGACGAUGUCACGUGCACUGUGCACUGAGGUAAACAGGUACGACUGAAUAAAUAGCAGGAUCCGUUUCCAAUUUAUCAAUCGUACUUCUAGUGCUUAUCGAUCAGUACUACAUCAGAUUCAGCCUAUUUGUUUCGAGUGGAGGUAAAGAUAUCUAGCUUCAAUAUCAUGGAAGAACGCUAAAAAAAAUCUGUUUGAGAUUUUCUGAACAUCGAAGAUAUGCACAGACGACUGAGAUCUUCAACAUGGUGUGUCCCUCAUGCGUAGGGAUAUUCUUCCAAGAAGGACAUUAUAAAUAUUUAUAAAUAUUAUAUGAUGUCCAACUAAGUACAACAUGAAGAACGUACCGUAUAAGCACUUGUUGAUCUGAACAUUGGCAUUGCUGUGUCAAAACAGGUUAAACCCAACAAGGAGGAAGGAUCUUUUAUCAACCCUUUCCCUUUUGCAGAGAAACGUGCGAACAAUUUGUCAAAAUUAUCACUCGUGCGCGAUUUUUCUCACAGCUGGGAAGCUUGAAAACCAUACAUUGAUGAUCAGCUUUUCGCGAGAACCUCAGGUCCGGCAUGUGAUCUACAGGUCAAGAAAAAGACAAUCAGGACUUUUAACACUAGCGCCACUAGAAUUCUUCAGAAGUGCUGCUUUGAUACAGUUUCCUCGAGGAGACUCUGAUCUUGUCUGG